AUGGAUGAAGUUCUCAAAGAAUGGAAGAAACUAUCCCUAACGAAUGAAGAUGGUGAAAGAGUCAGAUUAACAAAGUCUCAUUUCUCCACAGAUGAAAAGCAUAUACUAGCAGUGAGGUUUAUGACUAGAAGCGCUCUUAAUGUGGAGGCAGUGGUUAGAACUUUCAAACCGCUUUGGAGGGCUCGAAAGGAAUUCGUAAUAAGAGAAGCUGGAGAUCACAUGCUAUUGUUUGUCUUUAGAUCAGAUACAGAUGCAGAACGAGUCCUUGCGAAUGAACCUUGGUCUUUUGACAAGCAUGUGGUCCUUUUUCGACGUUACAAUUUCUCCAUCCAAACAAAAAAUCUCAAAUUCUUUACCAUGAAGUUCUGGAUAAAAAUGCAUGGUUUACCAAUGAGUAUGCUCAACACUAUUACAGCUAUGGAGUUAGAAGGAACAAUUGGUAAUUAUGAUGCCGUAAAUAUCACCAAUAAGCUACAUGAUCCUCGCACGCUCGUAACGAUAUCUGCACAGAAAAGAGAGAAGACCUAA